AUGGAAUGUAUACUCUGCCCCGACAAGCUUGGUGAUGAUCAAAAUUCCCCAGCUGCUGAGAAGGAAUACAAGCAUUGGCGUAAAACUUUUGAAAACUUUAUUGAUGAGUGUGGAGACAGAGCACCUGACAAACUACGAUGUUUGACAAAAUAUGUGUCUGCUGUUGUUUAUGAAUACUUCGCUGAUGCUACGGAGUUUGAAACAGCUAUACAAGUGUUGGAAAAGGUAUAUGUGAAAAAGAAAAAUGAGAUAUUCGCCAGACACCAGCUCGCCACAAGACGUCAGCGUCCUUCCGAAACACUAGAUGAAUUUCUUCGCGACUUGCACAGACUCAGCAAAGAUUGUACUAUAAAAGCUGUCACAGCCGAAUUAUAUCGUGAAGAGUUAGUACGGGAUGCCUUCAUCAACGGACUGUCUUCUGAAAAUAUACGUCAACGACUAUUGGAAAAUCAGGCUCUCACACUCUCUCAAGCCUUUGAUCAAGCUAGAUCCUUGAAUCUUGCACAGCGUACUUCGGAAGCCUUCCAGCCACUAGGCCCUGUUAUUGCAGCAACUUCAGGAUGUGUGGAGGAAACUGUUAAGUUACCGUACACUAAUCAACAAGAUAUACGUCCAGUUGAGGACUCAACACUUGCUAGUAUGACCACUAAGAAACGAUGUUGGUUUUGUGGUGGCAGUCUUCACUUACGGGCGAGAUGUCCAGCUAAAGAUAGUGAUUACUCUUCAUGUGGAAAAAGAGAGCACUGGGCAAAAGUCUGUCAGACUAAGGGUAAGAAACAGGUCACGGCAUCAAUUUCAUCUCCUACUCUUUGUGCCAUCUCAGCUGCUGUUCCUCAUUGCCUGAAUUGCUCUGCUACAAACUUAAAGAUAAAUGGAAGACGAAUCUCCGGCCUUAUUGAUUCGGCAAGUUCUGAGAGUUUCAUUGACAAGAGAGUGACCCAUCGGCUUAAGCUUCACAUCAAACCCAUUUCCCAAAGUAUAACCCUGGCAACGUCUUCUUCAACGGCUUCUGUGAUAGGUGAAUGUACGGUGGAUCUCUAUAUGAAUGACAGUCAUUAUCCAAACACAUGUCUGGGCGUCAUUGAGAAUCUUUGUGGUGUUAUUCUCGGCAUAGAUUACCAAAAACAACACUCUUCAGUUACCAUAGAGUAUGGAGGACCCAGACCUGAGCUCAAGAUUUCCAACAUUGGUAACAAGCCUGUAUGUAGUCUGGCAUCAGCAGGUAUGUCAGAACCACUGUUAUUUGCACACAUGAGAGGAGAUGCAAAGCCAAUAGUCACCAAAUCUAGGAAGCUUAGCCCUGAUGACCAAAAGUUCACAACCUAA